AUGGAACAAAACUCUGAGAAAAUAUGCAAUAUGAAGAUGAACACAGAGAAAACUGGAGGGAUAGUAGUGAUGAGCGAUGAUAUCAGGAACAUACGGCCAAAAUCUGUGGUGACGGAUCAAGAUUAUAAAAACCGUUUGAAUAGUGGUCAUAAAUCUAUCUUUAUUCUGCAGAGAAGAUUGGAUAUUGCUAUCAAGAAAUUCUGUUUCAUACUCAGCGAGAAUGAGGAACUGAGAGAAGAUAUAAAUCAUCUACUCAAUGGAAGGAGUCAUUUCAACUUCGUGUGGAAAAACCUACUGAAAGAUAUAAACGUUGAAGAGAGAGUGAUAACAGAAUGGAUAGAACGUGCUACGAUGGCAUACGAUCAACGGGAGGACUGGUGCUCUAAACUUGUUGCACUAAGAAAAAGAACUCAAAAUGACUUUUUUGGACAUUCAGAGGAAAUGCGGGACAUCCAGAGAAAACUCGAUAAUGACUUAACACUCCGAGAAUUUUUGAGUGUAAAAGGACAAAUACGAAUAUUGAAGGACUUGGAAGAUAAGGAACGGAAGAAGAAGGAGAACCAAGUACAGAAUGUGGAAAAUCAGUUGAUCAUCUACAUAAGCACUAUGGAACAAAUACAGGUAUAG